AGUCUCGAUCCAGCUUGUGAAUAAGCAGUUUCAUUUUUUAAAAUGGCGACAACUUACAAGUUGGAAUAUUUUAAUUUUACUGGUCGAGGAAGCCAAUUCGAAUGAUUUUGAGUUAUGGCAAUCUAGAGUUUGAAGACAUACGCUACGCCAAGGAAGACUGGCCGAAAAUUAAACCAACAACUCCUCUUGGUCAAAUGCCAGUCUUGCAUAUAAAUGACAAAAGCAUAACUCAAACGGGUCCAAUAUGUAGAUAUUUAGCUAAUAUUGUUGGACUUGCAGGAAAUAACAACGAGGAAAAUUUGGAAAUCGAUGUUGCAGCUGAAAUGAUUGGCGAUGUGUUAAAAACUGCAUAUGAAUAUCGAUUUGAAACCGAUGAAACAAGAAAAGAGAAAGUUAAGGAGCGACUGCUGGAACUUAUGCCGAUCAUAUUUACGGUUUUAGAGGAAAAUGCAAUUAGAAAUCAAGGCUAUAUUGCACUUGAUAGGGUAACUUUUGCUGAUAUAAUAUUCCUAUGUGCUUACGAAGACAUCCGAAAUAUUUUGGAAAAUACAGAUGUUAUAAAUGAUUAUCCAAAUCUUCAAGAGGUGAAGAAAAAUCUCCUAUCAAUAAACAGUUUAAAAGAUUGGAUUCAGAAAAGACCGACUUUGCCAAUAUUUAUAUACGACCUUAAAAACGAUAUUUCCAAUGAAUAAAGGAUCAGUUAGUUACAUGUUGUAAUUAAUUAGAAAAGAGGCACGUGAAAAACUUUUGAAGGGCACUUGAGAUUACGGUUUAUUGUAAUAUUAAGACAUUUAGUUCGUCUGUUUGAAUUUAUAGAACAUAUAAUUUGAGAAAAACUGUAACAAAUGUAAUUUUAGUAUCACUGGCUUUGUUUCAGUCUAGGGCUUGCUUUUUAAAUGCUUCUAAAAAAAUUAUGGUAAAAUAUACGUAGAAAUUACCGUGGCUGAGGAAAUGACAUAUUUGAAGUUUACUUUCUCUGUGUACAUCCUUUUGUUCCCCAGCUAUUAUUUCCAAUAGUGACCGUUAAAUAUUAUUCUAACAAAAUUUUCUAUUUCUUCAUUCUCAGCGUGUUGGUUUCUACCGAUUAUGGUACAGCUUCCCUUACGUAGUCGUUCUUCAUUUCUGACCAUUUAUCUCUGUCAUACAAUAGAUAUUAUCAGAGUUAAUGCAGUUAAGUUCGUAAUUAUGUAAUUCAUGAAUGAACAACCGAUCAUUUAAGUCAUUCUUGCAUUACCGUUGAUAUUGUCUUCAGCAUAAUGCCGUUUCGUUAGUACUCUUCACUUUUAUAACCUUAUAAAUGGUGGCCUCAAUAACAUGUUGAUCUUCAAAAAAAUUUAAUACCUUUUCCAAUUUUGAGUAAGCUGUAGAUUAUAUUUUUAUUCCUUAAUAUAUAUGACAUUGUGAUUUAUUUAUUUAAAAAUUUAAAAUGUUUUAAAUAUUGUUAAGAUUGUGUAUUACGAAUAAAAAGAAUUAUUU